AUGUUGACAAGAUCAUUAUUUCCUCGCAGACAAGUUGCUAGAUUGCUUACAGUCAGCAAUGUCAGGCUGAUCACAAAUAGUAGUCUUAAUAACUUUCAACCUUCUUUGAAUUUUUUUCAGAAAGAAAGAUUACCUGCCAACACAAUAAUCAGGUUUGUACCGCAACAAACAGCAUGGAUAGUUGAAAGAAUGGGGAAAUUUAAUAGGAUAUUACCCCCAGGUAUGGCUAUCUUGAUACCUGUUAUCGAUAAAAUAACGUACGUGCAAUCAUUAAAAGAAUCGGCUAUUGAAAUACCAUCUCAAAAUGCAAUUACUGCUGAUAACGUUUCAUUAGAGUUAGAUGGAAUUCUUUAUAUUAAAGUCAUUGAUCCAUACAAAGCCAGUUAUGGAGUGGAAGACUUUAAAUUUGCCAUUAGUCAAUUGGCUCAGACUACCAUGAGAUCCGAAAUUGGUUCGUUGACUUUAGAUUCAGUCCUCAAAGAGAGACAAACUUUGAACACCAACAUCAACAAGGUAAUCAACGAAGCUGCUAAGGAUAAUUGGGGAGUAGAGUGCUUAAGAUACGAAAUUAGGGAUAUACAUCCUCCACAAAAUGUGUUAGACGCAAUGCAUAGACAAGUCAGUGCCGAAAGAUCGAAGAGAGCAGAGAUUUUAGAAUCUGAAGGAACCAGACAGUCUCGUAUAAACAUUGCAGAGGGUGAAAAACGCUCAAAGAUUUUAACUUCGGAAGCAGAUAUGCAACAAAAAAUCAAUAAUGCAAAAGGUGAAUCGGAAUCCAUCUUGCUUAAGGCACAAGCUACGUCUGAAGGUUUGAAGAAAAUCGCCCAUGCAAUUAAAGAUACUCCAGGUAGUGACAAAGCCAUUAGUUUACAAGUUGCGGAAGAUUACAUCAAGCAAUUUGGUAAUUUGGCAAAGGAAACUAACACCAUUAUUCUUCCUUCCAAUUUAGGAGACAUCGGAAAUGUGAUGGCUAGUGGUCUUUCAAUCUAUAAUAACUUGAAUAAGAAGAGUAUUGAGAACGAUGCGAAGAAUUAA